ACACAUACAUAUACCUUUUUCACUGAAUAAAUUAUAUUUCGAAUUCGAAUUCGAAUUCAAACAACGUCCUGUUAAAUCAUCGGCCGGCAAACCUAACAUCAUCAUCACCAAAAAUGGCGAAAGCAGGAGGCGCCCAAAAUCUCCCUGCAGAUGUAUCUCAAUUAAUCGAUCAACUUGAGCGUCACUGCUUAGCUCCUGACGGAUCUCUCGUCACUAAAUCUGUCCACAACGAUCUCCAACUCGCGCGGGAGGAAAUGUGCAGAGAACGAUUACGUUAUUUGGAAGCCAUGGCUAUAUACUGUGAAGCAAUUGGCAUGGUUGAAGAUUAUCAACAGGCUGUUUCGGUGGCUAAUAUCGGAGGAAUUCGAGACACGCAGGGUCUACACUCCAAUCUUGGCCUCAAGAAUUCUCCUCAGGUAUAUGAAGCACUUGAGCAUCGGUUAGUUGUUGCAGAAGCUGCUCAAAGAUUAAGACUUCCUCUAAUUUCGAAAGACGGCGAGGUUCGUGAGGAAGAAGUAGAAAAAAUGAGUGUAUUAUCAAGAAGCUCACUUGAUAGUACAAGUACCAGCAUCACAAGCUAUAAUGCUUCUGAUGCUGGAGAUGCUGCAGUUGGUGGCGUUCCUGAUCGGUUUCUUGGAAUAACACCUGCUUAUUUAUGGCAAACUCAGGGUCAACAUGCGCCAUUGGCUAUGGAUGUGGCUGAAUACCAAAUGCCACUUCUUCGUGAGAUCGAGUUUCGAUUAAAGUCUAAAUGUGACAAGUUAGCUGAUGCUUUUAUAGAUGACUUGGACAAAUCAACUGGUGGUCAAAAUUCUAGUGCCCGGCUUCCAGAAAGGGUAAAGUUGAUUAUUGAGGAGAUUGAAAGAGAAGAAGGCGCUUUACGUGAAGAUUUAUAUUCCGCUGACAGAAAGUUUGCCGAAUAUUAUAAUGUGUUGGAGCAGAUACUUGGUGUGCUUAUCAAACUCGUAAAAGAUUUGAAGUUGCAGCAUCAACAUAAAUAUGAUGAACUGCAAAAAACUUGGUUAUGCAAAAGGUGUGAAACCAUGAGUGCCAAAUUAAGAGCAUUGGAGCAUAUUCUUCUGCUCGAAACUUACACACCUGAAUCAGUUCCCGCACUGCAUAAGAUAAGGAAAUAUCUAGUUGAAGCUACAGAAGAAGCUUCACUUGCAUACAACAAAGCAGUUACACGACUUCGCGAAUAUCAAGGGGUUGACCCGCACUUUGACACAAUUGCAAGGCAAUAUCAGGAUAUGGUGAAGAAACUUGAGAAUAUGCAGUGGACGAUUCACCAAGUCGAAAUGGACCUCAACCGUUUACCAAACUCUUGAUAUAAUCGAAAAUGAAGAGACAUCUUGCGGGCGUUAAAGGUGAUGUGAUAUAGAACCUUGUAAAAAACUACUGGCGGACGUUCGUUUUACUAUGCAAGGAUUCCGAAAGAAAGUGAAGUUAAAGUGACAGGUGAGUAUAGUGACAUUGGAUCUAGCGUUGUCUUAGAUGGCAACGAAGAAGCUGAGGUAAUAAAUGAACAAACACAAAAGGAAAGAGGAAAGCUAAAUCGAAUUUGCAUCUUUUCUUUUCAAAAGCUAUAAACAAUCCUUCUCAACCUACUGUUAUAAAAUCUAUGCAAAGUAAAGAAAAGUUACAUGAUGUUCACUUGGUUAUUGAUAUGUGGUUCUAUGAUGCAUGUACACCUAUGAAUGCUUGUAAUUCUCCUUAUUUUCCACUUGUAGUAGACUAGUAGAUAAAAUAACAUCUAUAUGUUCUGGUUACAAAGCACCUAAGUAUCCUAUGUUAUAAGGAUCAGUUUUAGUUAGGUUAUUAAUAGAUUCAUAUAGAAGUGACUGGGUUGAAAGUGGUUUCACGAUUAUGAGUGAUGGUUGGAGGGAUAUUAGGCACCGUCAUUUGAUUAAUUUCUUUGUUUAUUGUGACAAAGGGAUACCGUUGCUUAAAUCUGUAGAUGCAUUUGAUAUAAAGAGCAAUUAUGUGAAUUUGUUUGCUGAUGUUGCUGAAAUGGGUAGGGUUAAGAAUGCAGUUCAAAUAGUUACUACAAUGCAACUAAUUACAAGCUUGCUGGUAAAAUGUCACGUGAUAGAUGUCUUACAGUUACUUUGGACUCAUUGUCUUAAUCUUGUGUUAAAGGUUGUUUUAGAGUUAGAUAAUGUUGUAAAUUUGGUUAAACUUGCACCUAAGGUUACUGUUUUCAUUUAUAAUCGAUGCCCUUGAAUUGGUUAAGAAAAAGAGAGGGUUUAAAAUAUUUCAUUCGUCAAGGCCUGACCCUUUUUUGUACGACUUUUGUUACAUUAAAAAGUUUGGGCGAUCAUAAUAAUGACUUGCAAAAGAUGUUGAAACUGUGGAAUGCAGCUGAAUGUAGAGAAAUUGUGAUGAACGAAACUUUUUGGAAAAUUUGUUUGAUUACUAUGGCAAUGAUAGAAACUGAAAUUUUUAUUAGGGCUGUAAACGAACCGAACGAACACGAACAAGGCCUUGUUCAUGUUCGUUCGUUAAGGAAAUAAAUGUGUUCAGGAACAGUUCAUGAACACUUACCGAACGGGAUUUUAUGUUCGUGUUCGUUCAUUAAGGAAAUGAGCUGUGUUCGCGAACGGUUCAUGAACACAAAUGAACACACAUAAAUUUGGCGAACGCGACGAAGGAUAAAGAUAGAUGGCCCAGAGAGUAGCACUCGAACUUGAAUCCCUUAUUGUGGAACGGAGGUCGAUUGUAUCCGUGGAUGUAAAUAAUAAGAAAUGAAACGGAAAUGAUGCAUAAACAAGGUGAAAG